GGAUAAACGCUGGUCACCCGUGCUGACGAGCGGCUACGACGGACGCAUGAAGUCCAAGGAGUGAGGUCCGGACAGUUCCAUGGCGCAUGGAUCCUGACAUUCUCAAUUGGCGAGGGGACGAACGCAGCCAAAGCCUCAAAAUGUUAUUCCUGUCGCCUCCCUUCUACAUCGCGAGACACAUGGUGUCUCAGUUCAAAGCCCGGCUGAGCGAGGCGAAGCAAGCCAGUAGCCCGCCGGCCUGCCCCGAGCACCAAGAGGUCAACUUCGAACGAGCCCUCGUGCGGGAUUUCAUCACCCAGCUCAGGGAGGUGGCCGGGGUGGCACAUGAGGACAUCCUGUGUGGGGUGCGAGUUCCAGACGAGCGGCACAGCUCCCGGCGUGACGUCAGCGUGAUCGUCUUCACGGGAUCUGGACUCUACUGCAUUGACCUGAAGACGUGGUCGGGUCUGGUGACGCCUCGCCAGGGUCACUGGGACAUCCAUGAUCCAAGGGGUGGCAGUUGGCUGGGCGGCGGCUACACGCCGUGUGUCGAUCCUGUGAAACUCAUCAAGCUGAAGAGCGAGCAACUGCGCAAGCACCUAAGCGGUCUCGGGGUGGAGCUCCACAAGGAGACCGUGCACGCCCGCCUGCUGCUGCUCAACCCGGCAUGCGAACUGCAGGUCCCCAGCACGGAGCUGAUCCCCAGCACGGAGCCUGAGCCGGUGGUGGUCCCGGCCGCGGAGGUGGCCGCUUUCGUCCGCUCGCUGCAACGUGGGUGGAUGGCGCGGGUUACCGACUCGCUCACGCCGCACUGGCUCAACGGGCGGCUGUCGGCGGAUGCUGUGCGGCGAGCGCGGGCCGGGCUGCGCGCCCUGGGCACCUGGGAUGUGCUGGAGCUGCAGGGUGGACGCCGCCUUCUGGGCGACUUCCACAGCUGCUCCCACCUCGGCAUGGAUCGCGCUCACAUCGAGACGCUGGAGUUCAAGCACCAGCACAGCACCAUCCUGGGCUAUCUGUGGGCGCUGCUCGGGUACAUGCCCACGGUGUCCGUGCAGAUGUAUGAACGUGGCACAGACGGCUGGGCGUGGCGCCCCUCGGCUGGCAUCACUGUGCUGCCCGCCAGCGCUGUUCUGACCUUCCGCGGCUGCGGGGAAGCUGCAGACUCACGUGUGCCCAUCACCCAUGUGAGCCGCGUGCUACUCAGCCAAUAGCGGGGCUUGGUCCUUGGUCCUUGGUCCAUCCUCUCGUCUGCCACCUCCCCCCCCCAUCAGUGUUCUUCACAAAUUUUCAGAGAGGGGCCACUUUUACCGAUAAGACAUCAGUGAGGGCCGCCACACAUUUGAAACCAUUGGGUUUGACAGCAUGAUGUGGUGUUUUCAUAUUCGUGGAGGCUGCACUAAAGGCCACCAGGGGCCACCAAUGGCCUGUGGACCUUGCAAUGAAGAACACCGCCCUAUCAGGAGGACCGCUACGAUUCACAUCUUAAUCUCAAACUAUUGUGAAUUAAGAAGCUGUUAUGAUUAGUGUAAUUGUCACCGUAUGCACUGCAUUCUUUUAUAAACUAUAUUUUUCAUGGCCUCGGAAAAGAAAAAAAGUGAAUAGCUCACUGCUCUAGUAAAGUGCCAUCGUUAUGGCCUGUUUGUUACGAUACUCCACCAUAAAAAUCUUAUUGACCAAUACAGAACAUUUCAUUCAUGGUUUGAAGAAUGUGCAAAGAAAAAACACAUCUUCACGCGACGUAUCUUGAGAAUUUGCAGCAGUAGUUCAAAAGGUCCAGACAUUUCAGUUUAGUCCUCAUAUCUGCUUAUAUUCACAAGAUUAUCGCAGCUCACAUCGAAUCAAAUCGGUAAAAUUAAGAAAAUCUGAAUGUCACACCAACACCCAGUGCGCCAUGUACAUAGCUUCACUGUUCCAUGCACAAUGGCAGAUAAUUAUUUAGUUUUGUAUUAAAUAUCAGCUAUAUUCACGUAAAAUGUUCAUGCUCUCUAAAUUCUAAGACCAGUCUAUAGGUGAAGCACCCUCUUCACUCGAGUCUGCUCCAUCACAUUUCACGAAUGUGGAUUUAGAAUAAACACACGUAAGAAUUAGCUGUUUAUACUUAUUUGUUUUUCUUUAUUAAAUGUAAACGGGUACAUUUUAAACAUGUUUACGCAAAAGUGUGUGAAAAUUGUGUUGCAUUAGAUAGAGGGAAAUUGUAAAGAACGUAACUUUGAAAGUGACAGCUUUGUGGUCAAAGGACGCAAGAAAAUGUUCCCUAUGGAGUACAAUUCACUGGGCCCCUGCAUUUUGCUGUGUAACCAGUUUUAAAAAGCCACAAUUUACCGAUUCUUAAAAUAAAACCUUAAGUAUUGACAAAAAAACACCAUUGCACAUCAUACGCAUUGUGUGCACAUCUAAGAAACUUUAUCGGAAUGCUGCCUUCAUUUUAUCAGCUCCUUUUGUUAAAAAAGGUCUGCAUUGCUUAUAACUAAAAUCUGUGCUCAGCUGUUAUCCAGUACACUUUACUGGAUAACAGCGAUGGUGCAGCUGAGCAACAGAUGUUCUGUGACAGCUGUUUUUAUGAGCAAACGUCCCUUGCUUCAAACACUUACAACACUUAUAUUCAAACACGCGCCAUGCAUUGAUAGGGACAACUACCAAUGCACGGUUGACUAUGUACGGUGUGAAAGAAGCUCGACAUAUGGACUGCAAGUACUUGAAAGAAAAUAUAAACAAAAUGUGCGGCAGAAUCUUGGCAAACGGUCAAAGCACAGUGAUGCAGGGACUGUGAAUUGCCUCUUGGAAAGACAUUUACAAAAGACCAAAUGAAUAAUCUGCAACAUCCCAUUUGUCAAGCCGAACAGUGCUUCAUACUAGAAGAAAAUAAUUUGAAAAAGUCACAAAGGAGAUCAUAAAGCAGGAGAGAUAGUGGAGAUGUAGAGUCGUGCUCUUCUGGUGUUACGUUGGAUCAUUCCCCCUAAGACGACCUGGAAAAAAACAAAGCACCAAAUCAUUACUUACAACGCUAGCAUUUUUACAUUACCUAAUUAAACAUUUUUUCAAAAGCAAGUAAAGAAAACCCCAAAUGAAUAACAUUUCUUACAGUAUAUGUUAGUGAGGUCCUCCAGUGCUGUUCAGCAGCCUGGGACUCAUUGGAAAGUGCUAAUAAAAUAAAUGGAUAAACUGCGGGGACUAGCGGCAAGUGCAAAUUUCUCAAGGAAAUCUAGUGUUGGCAUAAUGCUGAAUAAACGUAUAUGAGAAGAACUGUCUUGCAAGCUCAAGACAACCAGACUCUAUACAAUCUACACCAGAAAAAAAGCUUGGUCUGAAUGUAAUAGGUAAGCCAUCUUAUUACAUUGGUAGAAUGGACAAUAUGCAGAAAGAAGGCUGGCGGACAGACGAACGCCGACGUCCAGAACAAACACCUCUUUCGAGACCCAAACAUUGCACCUCCUGGCUUUGACAUCCCUUGAAGACACUGGUAUAACCAUCAACCACAUCCGAAUCAUCAACAGGCCGCUGCGCACAUCUCCUUCAAGAAUGGAAAGUUAAAGACAAGCCACAAUGUGACUGGCCAUGCAACCCAAACUAUUGACCAUAUAGUAAACCACUUUAGUCCGCGUAUCUUGAAUGGAAUAAUACAUUUGCACCAACUCUCUCCUGAAGCACUCUAAUGGCAACAAGAUCUCGACAUUGGCAAUUAGCUCCUGAAAAUAUUUCCAUUUGCAAUAAUAUAAUGGACCAUGACAAAAAAAAACAUUUAAUAACAUGUAGAUUGUGACGUAGGAAGAUACUGCUGUAUGUGUUGUAUAGCUAGUAACUGGUUCAGUGAUUUAAACGCUUGACCUGUGAUUUUUCUGCUUUUUUAUAUGCUAAACAUUGUAUUAUGUAAAGUGCUGUUUGCCACCAGACAAUGGUUCAUUGUAGACUGAAUCAAUUAUCUCACAUUUUUAUUACUUAAAAUUUCAAAGCAUAUUUGAGCUUUGUAGAAAGAAAAAUAAAACAUUUGGUACGCAAUGUGCGAAAGAUCUCCAUUUUACGCUAUGGUGUGAAUUAUGCAAGCGUCAAAUAUACUCGCACAAAAAUGCUAAUCAAACACAGAUGACUGCAAGUGAGCACAAUCAAGAGUGUGCUCACAUACGUGUAAGCAAAGACAAUGCUGGAUGACUUUGGAGAGCAUGUGGCUUGAAGCGGUGGUGGGACUAACACCAUGCCAUGCAACCUCUGAAAUUCCCAGCGGUGAUUUUAACCACUCCGCAUCGGGUAUCGGUUUAACGAUGAUUCAGUCUUCGUGAACACCCGCGCUCGGCGGAGUUGACCAAUGUCAAUGACUUUCAUGAAAAUGAAACCCAGAUGAUUGCAA